AUGUUGAAACGCUCUGUAUCCUUCUUACCUACCGAUCAAAUCAGCACAGCCGAGACCCUGAGCCAGAAACAGGGCACGCUGAUCAAGAUCAGAGACCAGAAUCUCGUGCAGUACCUCGCUUCCGACAUCAACACCAAACGAGCUGAUAUCAUUCUCAUCAUCUGCGCGUUUGUUAGUGGUCUGGUCGAUGGCGUCUCGUUCACUGCCUGGGGCAGUUUCGCAAGCAUGCAAACGGGAAACUCGGUCUUCAUCGCCCUCGGCGCCUCCGGCCAACCGCAAUACCCAGACUACCUCUGGGCCAAAUCACUCAUCUCGGUGGCCACAUUCGUCAUCAGCAACAUCUUCUUUAGCCGCUUCAUGCGCUUUCUCGGCCCCAGGCGUCGGGUGACAAACAUCAUUUGCUUCCUGCUUCAAUCUCUUGCUCUGCUUGUAGCUGCUCUGCUGGUCCACGUGCACGUUGUAUCGCCACGAGCAGAAAACCCGCGCGCACCCAUAGCAUGGAUGCAGGUUUUGCCGAUCAGUCUGCUUGCAUUCCAGGCCGCGGGACAGAUUGUUGCUAGUCGCACGCUGGGGUACGAUGAAAUUCCAACGGUGGUACUGACAACGUUGUUGUGUGAUUUGUUAAUUGACCAGCGAUUAUUCGCGGCGGACAACCCUAAGAGAAACCGCAGGGUGGCGUGCUUCGUCACGCUCAUACUAGGCGCGAUGACGGCGGGCGGGUUGUACAGCCUGACGAAUGUAAGUGCCAGUUUGUGGUUGGCGUUUGCAUUAAAGGGAGGAAUUACUCUGUGCUGGGCGUUUUGGGAAAGCAGUCCAAAGAUGCAGGACGACGAACAAGGGCAAGUAUGA